ACGACUCCUGGGAUGGCCACCCGAGCGCGCAGGACAGCCAAGUCCUCCGGCUUCCAGACGAUACCCACACAGUCGUCCAGGCUGCUGCUGCUGUUCCUGUCACUGGUAAGCCGCGUCUCCACACAGCCCGCUGUCCCAGGAGAAGCAUUUUUGUUCCCGGGUCUUUCCGGGACUUCAGUGGUCCCUGCAGAGGAAGCUAUAGUGGUGGCGAACCGCGGGCUCCGGGUGCCCUUCGGUCGCGAAGUCUGGCUGGAUCCAGUGCGUGACUUGGUGCUGCAGGUGCAGCCAGGGGAUCGCUGCUCAGUGACUGUGCUAGAUAAUGACGCGCUGGCCCAGCGGCCUGGCCGCUUGAGUCCCAAGCGCUUCGCGUGCGACUAUGGCCCGGGAGAGGUGCGCUACUUGCACCUGGGUGCUCGCAGCCCUUCGCGCGACCGCGUCCGGCUGCAGCUGCGCUAUGAUGCCCCAGGAGGGGCGAUAGUCCUGCCUUUGGCCUUAGAGGUGGAAGUGGUAUUCACUCAGCUGGAAGUUGUGACUCGGAACUUACCUCUGGUCGUGGAAGAACUACUAGGGACCAGCAAUGCCCUGGACUCUCGGAGCUUAGAGUUUGCCUACCAGUCUGAGACUGAGGAGUGCCGCGUGGGCAUCUUGUCAGGUUUGAGUGCUUUGCCUCGUUAUGGAGAGCUCCUUCACUACCCACAGGUCCCAGGAGGGACCUCGGAGACCCUUUUGAUGGACUGCAAAGCAUUCCUGGAGCUGGGAGUGCGCUAUCGUCACACAGCUCCCAGUCGCUCACCUAACAGGGACUGGCUACCUAUGGUGGUAGAGCUACACUCUCGAGGGGCUCCUAUGGGUAGCCCGCCUUUAAAACGUGAGCACUUCCAGGUGCUUGUGAGGAUCCGCGGAGGAGCAGAGAACACUGCACCGAAGCCCAGUUUCGUGGCCAUGAUGAUGAUGGAGGUGGACCAGUUUGUACUGACCGCUCUAACACCAGACAUGCUGGCAGCAGAGGAUGCUGAAUCCAACCCGGACCUUUUGAUCUUCAACCUCACCUCUGCCUUCCAGCCUGGGCAGGGCUACUUGGUGAGCACUGAUGACCGAAGCCUGCCUCUCUCCUCCUUUACACAACGGGAUUUGCGCUUGCUGAAGAUUGCCUACCAGCCUCCCUCUGAAGACUCUAACGAGGAGCGUCUGUUUGAACUGGAACUGGAGGUAGUGGACCCCGAAGGAGCAGCCUCAGACCCUUUUGCCUUCAUGGUUGUGGUGAAGCCCAUGAAUACGUUGGCCCCAGUGGUCACACGAAACACUGGCCUUAUUCUCUAUGAAGGUCAAUAUCGGCCACUCACGGGUCCUGUAGGCAGUGGACCCCAGAACUUGGUCAUCAGUGAUGAAGACGAUCUCGAAGCUGUGAGACUAGAGGUGGUAGCCGGGCUCCGGCAUGGCCACCUUGUUGUUCUAGGGUCUCCCAGUAGUGACUCUGCUCCCAAGACCUUCACAGUGGCUGAGCUGGCCGCUGGCCAGGUUGUCUACCAGCAUGAUGACAGAGAUGGCUCACUGAGUGACAACCUGGUGCUGCGCAUGUCAGAUGGAGAAGGCAGGCACCAGGUCCAGUUCCUGUUCCCCAUCACUUUAGUGCCUUUGGAUGACCAGCCACCUGUCCUGAACGCCAACACUGGGCUGACCAUGGCAGAGGGCGAAACUGUGCCUGUCCCACCCACGACUCUGAGUGCAACUGAUAUGGAUUCAGAUGACUCUCAGUUGCGAUUUGUACUAGAAUCACCUUUCUCAACCACAGGGUACCUACUUCUCCGCCAAACUCAUGCUCCCCAGGAAGAGCAGGGGCUGUGGCAGAAACGCGGGCUGUUUUAUGAGCGAAGAGUGACAGAAUGGCGGCAACAGGAUAUCACAGAAGGAAGGCUCUUCUACAGGCACUCAGGGCCCCAUAGUCCUGGGCCCGUGAUGGACCAAUUGACAUUUAGAGUCCAAGACAACCAUGACCCCCCUAACCAAUCUGGGAUCCAAAAGUUUGUGAUACGCAUUCAUCCUGUGGACCGCCUUCCUCCAGAACUGGGCCGUGGCUGUCCCCUUAGGAUGGUGGUACAGGAAUCCCAGCUCACCACUGAGAAAAAGUGGCUGCACUACACUGAUGUGGACACAGAUGAUAGAGAGCUACACUACACAGUGACCCAGCCCCCCAUGGACACAGAUGAAAACCAUGCACCUGCUCCACUAGGCACUUUGGUCUUCACUGAUAAUCCCUCAAUCAUAGUGACCCAUUUUACCCAAGCCCAGGUUAACCAUCAUAAAAUUGCUUACAGGCCCCCCAAUCAAGAGCUAGGAGUAGCAGCUCGAGUGGCACAGUUUCAAUUCCAAGUAGAGGAUCGAGCUGGGAAUGUUGCUCCGGGCACCUUCACUCUUUACCUGCAGCCUGUGGAUAACCAGCCUCCUGAGAUUGUCAAUACUGGCUUCACUAUUGAGGAGAAGGGCCACCACAUCCUGCAGGAGACUGAGCUGCACGUGAAUGAUGUUGACACCGAUGUGGCCCACAUCUCUUUCACUCUCACACAGGCUCCCAAGCAUGGCCACAUGCAAAUCUCUGGCCAGACAUUACAUGUCGGAGGACACUUCCGUUUAGAGGACAUACAGCAUGGCAGAGUCUCCUAUUCAAAUAGCGGGGAUGAAUCUUUGACUGACAGCUGCUCCCUGGAGGUCAGUGAUAGACACCAUGUGGUGCCCAUCACUCUCAGAGUGAAUAUUAAGCCAGUAGACCGUGAAGGUCCCAGGUCAAUCCUUCCAGCUGGCACUCUGGAGUCCUAUCUAGAUGUCUUGGAAAAUGGGGCUACUGAAGUCACUGCCAAUAUCAUUAAGGGGACCUAUCAAGAUACUGAUGAUUUAAUGUUGACUUUCCUAUUGGAAAAUCCACCUUUAUAUGGGGAAAUUCUGGUCAAUGGAGCUCCAGCUGAGCAUUUCACUCAGAGGGACAUCCUGGAGGGUUCUGUUGUCUAUGUCCACACCAGUGGUGAGAUUGGCCUGUUGCCUAAAGCAGACUCUUUUAACCUGAGCCUGUCAGAUAUGUCUCAAGAAUGGAGAAUUGGCAGCAGUAUUAUUCAAGGUGUUACUGUGUGGGUGACCAUUCUACCUGUGGACAGCCAAGCCCCAGAAAUUUCUGUUGGGGAGCAGUUUGUAGUGCUAGAAGGUGACAAGAGUAUGAUAACCCUAACCCAUCUAAGUGCUGAGGACACAGACUCACUGAACGAUGACCUCUUGUGCACAAUAGUCAUUCAGCCAACCUCAGGCUAUGUGGAGAACAUUUCUCCAGCACCAGGCUCAGAGAAGUCAAGAGCUGGGAUUGCCAUUAGUGCCUUCACUGUGAAGGAUCUCAGGCAAGGACACAUUAAUUAUGUUCAGAGUGUCCACAGGGGGGUUGAGCCUGUGGAAGACCGUUUUAUAUUCCGUUGUUCUGAUGGCAUUAACUUUUCUGAGAGACAGAUUUUCCCCAUUGUAAUCAUUCCUACCAAUGAUGAACAGCCAGAAAUGUUCAUGAGGGAAUUCAUGGUGAUGGAAGGCAUGAGUCUGGUGGUUGACACACCCAUCCUCAAUGCUGCAGAUGCUGACAUUCCCCGGGAUGAUUUAACUUUCACCAUUACCCGGUUUCCAACUCAUGGUCACAUCAUGAACCAGCUGAUCAAUGGUACAGUGUUGGUCGAAAGCUUCACCCUGGACCAGAUUAUAGAGAGUUCCAGCAUUAUUUAUGAGCAUGAUGACUCUGAGACUCAAGAAGACAGUUUUGUGAUUAAAUUGACAGACGGCAAGCACUCUGUGGAGAAAAUGGCCCUCAUUGUGGUCAUCCCUGUGGAUGACGAGACCCCCAGGAUGACCAUCAAUAAUGGGCUAGAAAUAGAAGUUGGGGAAACCAAAGUUAUCAACAACAAAAUACUAAUGGCAACUGAUUUAGACUCUGAUGACAAAUCAUUGGUUUAUAUUAUUCGUUAUGGACCAGGACAUGGCUUGUUACAGAGGCAAAAACCUACAGGUGUCUUUGAAAACAUCACCCUAGGCAUGAAUUUUACCCAGGAUGAAGUGGACAGAAAUUUAAUUCAGUAUGUCCAUUUUGGGCAAGAGGGCAUUCGAGACCUAAUUAAAUUUGAUGUGACAGAUGGAACGAAUGCCCUUAUCGAUCGAUACUUUUAUGUGUCUAUUGGAAGUGUUGAUAUUGUCUUCCCUGAUGUGAUAAGUAAGGGUGUGUCCUUGAGAGAAGGUGGCAAAGUCACUCUUACAACAGACCUACUGAGUACAAGUGACUUGAAUAGUCCUGAUGAGAACUUAGUUUUCACUAUUACCAGGGCUCCUAUGAGAGGUCACUUGGAGUGCACAGAUCAAAGAGGAGUGUCCAUCACUUCUUUCACUCAGCUCCAAUUGGCUGGUAACAAGAUCUACUACAUCCAUACAGCUGAGGAUGAGGUAAAAAUGGACAGUUUUGAGUUUCAAGUCACAGAUGAGCGGAACCCUGUCUUCCGAACAUUCCGGAUCUCCAUCAGUGAUGUAGACAACAAAAAGCCAGUGGUCACCAUCCACAACUUGGUGGUCAGCGAAAGUGAGAGCAAGCUGAUCACUCCCUUUGAGCUCACUGUGGAAGACAGAGAUACUCCUGACAGGCUCCUCAAAUUCACUGUCACCCAGGUCCCCGUUCACGGGCACCUCCUAUUCAACAACACUAGAUCCGUCAUGGUUUUUACCAAGCAAGACUUGAAUGAAAACUUAAUCAGCUACAAACAUGAUGGCACAGAGUCCACGGAAGACAGUUUCUCCUUCACGGUGACUGAUGGCACCCACUCUGACUUCUAUGUUUUUCCUGAUACAGUAUUUGAAACUAGGAGACCUCAAGUCAUGAAAAUCCAAGUGCUGGCUGUUGACAACAGUGUUCCCCAAAUUGUGGUGAACAAAGGAGCUUCUACACUUCGUACUCUGGCCACUGGACAUUUGGGGUUCAUGAUCACAAGCAAAGUACUGAAAGUGGAGGACAGAGACAGCCUACAUUUUUCUCUCAGGUUCAUUGUGACAGAAGCUCCCCAACAUGGCUACCUUCUAAACCUGGGCCAAGGUAACCACAGCAUCACACAGUUUACACAAGCUGACAUUGAUGACCUGAAAAUAUGCUAUGUCUUAAGAGAGAGAGCUAAUGCCACAAGUGAUAUGUUCCAUUUCAUAGUGGAAGAUGAUGGUGGGAACAAGUUAACCAACCAGCAUUUUCGACUGAAUUGGGCAUGGAUCUCCUUCGAAAAGGAGUAUUACUUGAUCAACGAAGAUUCCAAAUUUCUUGAUAUUGUUCUUAAACGCAGAGGAUACCUGGGAGAAACUUCAUUUAUAAGCAUCAGCACGAGGGAUGGGACUGCACAAAGAGACAGCGACUUCAAGGGCAAGGCCCAGCGACAAGUGCAGUUCAACCCUGGCCAGACCAGGGCCUUGUGGAGAGUGCGGAUCUUGGGCGAUGAGGUGCAUGAGCACUCAGAGACCUUCCAGGUGGUUCUCUCUGAGCCUGUGCUGGCAGCCCUGGAGUUCCCCACAGUGACCACUGUGGAGAUCAUUGACCCAGGCGACGAAUCUACCGUGUUCAUUCCCCAGUCGGAAUACUCUGUUGAAGAAGAUGUGGGCGAGCUGUUCAUUCCCAUCAGGAGAAGUGGAGAUGUCAGCCAGGAGCUGAUGGUGAUCUGCUACACACAGCAAGGGACAGCAACCAGCACUGUGCGGACAUCAGUGCUGUCUUACUCCGACUACAUCUCCAGGCCUGAGGACCACAGUAGUGUGGUCCGCUUUGACAAAGAUGAACGUGAGAAAAUGUGCCGUGUGGUAGUAAUUGAUGACUCAUUAUACGAAGAGGAAGAGACUUUCCAGGUCCUUUUGAGCAUGCCCAUGGGCGGGAGGAUCGGUGACAAGUUUCCAGGAGCCAAGGUGACCAUACUGACAGACAAGGAUGACGAGCCCGUCUUCUACUUUGGGGAUGUCCAGUACUCCGUGGAUGAGAGUGCCGGCUACGUGGAGGUGCAGGUGUGGAGGACGGGUACUGACCUCUCCAGGCCUUCAAGUGUCACCGUGAGGUCCCGUAAAACAGAGCCCCCCUCUGCAGAUGCUGGAACAGAUUAUGUGGGAAUCAGUCGCAAUUUAGAUUUUGCACCUGGCGUCAACAUGCAGACUGUUCGUGUUGUCAUUCUGGAUGACCUGGGAAGACCCAUACUGGAGGGAAUUGAAAAGUUUGAAUUGGUACUUCGCAUGCCGAUGAACGCUGCCCUUGGCGAGCCCAGCAAGGCCACAGUGUCCAUAAAUGACUCUGCCUCAGACUUGCCUAAAAUGCAAUUCAAAGAAAGAGUGUACACUUGCAGUGAAAAUGAUGCCCGUGUAGUUGCAAUGAUCUACAGGAGUGGUGAUGUCCAGCACAGCUCCUCUGUGAGAUGCUACACAAGGCAGGGGUCAGCACAGGUGAUGAUGGACUUCGAAGAACGCCCAAAUACUGAUGCCUCCACUGUCACUUUCCUCCCAGGUGAGACGGAGAAGCCCUGCGUUCUUGAGCUGAUGGAUGAUGAUGUACAUGAGGAUGUGGAGGAGCUGCGCCUGGUACUUGGCACGCCACAGAGCAGCUCUGCCUUUGGGGCUACAGUCGGCGAACAAAAUGAAACUCUGAUAAAGAUCCAGGAUGAUGCUGACAAAGCUGUUAUCAAGUUUGGAGAAACCAAAUUUAGUGUCACCGAACCCAGUGAACCAGGAGAGUCAGUGGUUGUCAGAAUUCCAGUGGUCCGCCAAGGAGACACUUCUAAGGUUUCCAUUGUGAGAGUUCACACCAAGGAUGGCUCGGCCACCUCUGGAGAGGAUUAUCACCCUAUGUCAGAAGAAAUCGAGUUUAAGGAAGGGGAAACCCAGCACAUUGUUGAAAUUGAAGUAAUCUUCGAUGGGGUAAGAGAGAUGAGAGAGGCCUUCACUGUUCACCUAAAACCAGAUGAAAAUAUGGUAGCAGAGACACAGGCAACCAAGGCCAUUGUGUAUAUAGAGGAAUUCAACAGCAUGGCAGAUGUCACCUUUCCCUCUGUCCCUCAUAUUGUGUCCUUGCUGAUAUAUGAUGAUACUUCCAAAGCCAAGGAGGAUGGACCUGUGUCGGGAUACCCCGUUGUCUGCAUUACGGCUUGCAACCCCAAAUAUCCAGACUAUGACAAAACUGGCUCUAUUUGUGCCAGUGAGAGCAUCAACGACACUUUGACCCGAUACCGGUGGUUGAUUAGCGCUCCUGCUGGCCCGGAUGGUGUGACCAGCCCUAUGAGAGAGGUAGACUUCGACACCUUUUUCACAUCAUCCAAAAUGAUCACGUUAGACUCCAUAUACUUUCAGCCUGGCUCCCGGGUUCAGUGUGCAGCUCGUGCAGUGAACACCAACGGAAAUGAAGGCCUGGAACUGAUGAGCCCCAUCGUCACCAUUGGCAGAGAGGAAGGUCUCUGUCAGCCCCGUGUGCCUGGGGUAGUGGGAGCCGAGCCAUUCUCUGCUAAAUUACGCUACACUGGUCCUGAGGACCCAGACUUCGCAAACCUCAUCAAGCUCACUGUCACGAUGCCACACAUAGAUGGGAUGCUGCCCAUCAUCUCCACGAGAGAGCUGUCCAACUUUGAGCUGACCCUCAGCCCUGAUGGCACUAGAGUUGGCAACCACAAAUGCUCCAACCUGCUGGACUACAACGAAGUAAAGACCCACCAUGGCUUCUUGACUAAUGCCACGAAGAACCCGGAGGUCAUGGGUGAGACCUAUCCUUACCAGUACAGUGUGCCGGUCAGAGGUUCCAGUACCUUGCGCUUCUACCGAAACCUGAAUCUAGAAGCCUGUCUCUGGGAGUUUGUCAGCUACUAUGACAUGUCAGAGCUCCUGGCCGACUGUGGAGGCACCAUUGGGACAGAUGGCCAGGUCCUAAACCUAGUGCAGUCCUACGUGACCCUCCGAGUUCCUCUUUAUGUUUCCUACGUGUUCCAUUCGCCUGUGGGAGUGGGGGGCUGGCAGCAUUUCGACUUGAAGUCAGAACUCCGGCUCACGUUUGUGUAUGACACGGCCAUCCUGUGGAGCCACGGAAUCGGCAGCCCACCAGAAGCCGAACUCCAAGGCUCGCUCUAUCCGACCAGCAUGCGCAUUGCUGAGGAUGGACGCCUGGCUGUGAACUUCAAGACAGAAGCUCAGUUCCAUGGCUUGUUUGUGCUGUCACAUCCUGCCUCCUUUACCAGCUCAGUGAUCGUGUCUACUGACCAUCCAGGCCUCACUUUUUCCCUCCGCCUCAUCAGGAGUGACCCAACCUAUAACCAACCAGCCCAGCAAUGGAGCUUUGUGUCAGACUUCGCAGUUCGAGACUACUCAGGCACAUACACUGUAAAGUUGGUGCCUUGCACUACCCCACCCAACCUGGAGUACCGACUGCCUGUCACCUGCAAUCCCAGAGAGCCUGUCAUCUUUGACCUUGACAUUCGAUUCCAGCAGGUCAGCGACCCAGUUGCAGCCGAGUUUAGCCUGAACACUCACAUGUAUUUGCUGUCUAAGAAGAGCCUCUGGUUGUCCGAUGGAUCCAUGGGAUUUGGGCAAGAAAGCGAUGUUGCUUUUGCAGAAGGGGACAUGAUUUAUGGUCGCGUCAUGGUGGACCCUGUCCAGAACCUUGGUGACUCCUUUUACUGCAGUAUUGAGAAGGUGUUCUUAUGCACAGGGGAUGAUGGCUAUGUGCCAAAGUACAGCCCAGAGAAUUCAGAAUAUGGCUGCCUGGCUGAUUCUCCUUCGCUUUUACAUAGAUUUAAAAUUGUGGAUAAGGCUCAGCCUGAGACGCAAGCUACCAGCUUUGGAGAUGUCUUGUUUAAUGCCAGACUGGCAGUGGAUGACCCUGAAGCCGUUCUCUUAGUGAAUCAGCCUGGAUCAGAUGGAUUUAGAGUAGACUCCACACCACUCUUUCAGGUUGCUUUGGGCAGAGAAUGGUAUAUACACACAAUCUACACGGUCAAGUCAAAGGACAACAGCCAUCGAGGUAUUGGCAAGAGGAGCCUGGAGUACCUGUACCACUCUGUGGUGCAUCAGGGACAUCCCCAAGCAACUACCAAGAGCUGGAAGAAGAGAGCAAUCAGGAGCACACCCUCACUGGCACGGGAAAUCGGUGCUGAGAACAAUCGGGGGACAAAUCUCCAGCAUAUCUCCCUGGACCGUCGUGACAAGAGGCAGGUCCCCUAUGGAAGAAUUCCUCCUGAUGGCAUCCUGCCCUGGGAGCUCAAUAGUCCCAGCUCUGAAGUCAGCCUUGUCACUGUCUUGGGAGGCGUUGCGGCGGGAUUGCUCAUUGUCUGCCUGGCUGUGGUUGCAGUCCUUGUGUGUAAGAACAAAAGCAUCAAGGGCAAGAAUGCUCCCCAGGGCUCUGGAAGCAGUGAGCCCAUGGUGCUUCCACAGAACCACUACAGUGACAGCUCGGAGGUGUGACCACCUGGUCAUGUGCCUCAGAAAAAAACUGUGCAAGAACCCCAACUGUUUUGGGCCAGCAGAAGAGAAUUGGAACUUCCCAUGACAUAGGUGCUUAGAGACCCUGACUGUAAUAGAAGAUUUUGAUUUAAACUCCACUGCAUUAUACAUGCAUCAAAGGUCAAAUCCAGGCCACCUCUUUCCUGCUGCCCAGAAGGCAUCCGAGAUGCUUAGAGCCUUGGGUGGAUGUCAGGGGAGGUGCUUCUUAUUUUAGGCAUCAGUGGAGAUGAACCUACUCAGUGAUGCUCAAAGGUGCUAAAGGACUCUCUGGGAUGUCUGAGAGACAUUUCCUGUUAUGUUAUUGUUACAUUAGUGGGGACUUUUGACAAUGCAGUUAUCACAUUGUUUAUUCAUUGUAUAA